AUGCCCGUACAGGAAUCUGAUGUGGUGCUGUAUCACCUGUCCCUGCAGAGACAGUCGAACUACGUUGCCUCGUGUACUGGGCGGUUUGCAGAAUUGCCGGGGCAUGAAGUAGCACCGGGGGUUGGGUCGCGACUGCAGUUGUUUCUUGCAACUGAGACGUGUUUAGAACUGUUCAACGUCGCGGAUGGUCGGCUGGAAAGACUGGCCAGUUGGCCGCUGUUUGCCUCGAUCAAGACCAUCGCGGCGUGGAUACCCGUGGGGGCCACCCCGCGGGACGUUCUUCUUGUGACGUCCGAUGCGGGGAACCUGACGUUGCUCUCUGUUGAGAGGGACGAUUCAGCCACCCACGGUUUCAGACUGGAAACACUAGUCAAUGAGUCCAUGCAUAGGUCUGGGAUGCGCAGGGUUUCCCCCAUUGCGUACUCAGCGGUGGACCGGCGACAGCGGUGCGCGAUGGUCUCUGCUUUAGAGAAGUUCAAACUUUGUUACAUGCUAGGCAGCGGGGCCACAACGACGGCGUCGCCCCCACUGCUGUCCUCACCAUUGGAGAUCGUCCGCACAGGGUACAUUACGCAAGAUCUCGUUUCGUGUGAUAUGGAGUACACAGACAACCCAGUCUUUGCAGCUUUGGAGAUACUCAAAACCACAACACACCUCAUCUUCUACAUGGUUGAUUUGAACUUAAACCAUAUUAUCAAAAAGGCCGACUUUGAACUACCAGAAGCACAGUACGACCUGAUACUUGCAUUACCAAACUUGAACAGGUACGGUAUCCGAACAAAUGUGAACGAGACAGACGAGUUUACUAAUCCCUUCGUCAUUUUAGCGAACGAUACCGCCAUUUGGAUUAGGGACAUGCAGGGCCAAUUCAACAUUGAGCUUAAACUACCACGUAGAACAAACGCUACCGCCGAAACCCACAGCAUUAUCACUGGGGUCACCCACACGCUAAAGGACAAAUUUUUUGUCUUGCUCCAAAACGAACUAGGUGAUCUGUUCAAACUCCAGAUUGAACGGGACCCACAGAACGGCGACAAACCUAAAUGUUCAUGCACUUACUUUGACACUAUCCCAAGGGCAACCAAAUUACACAUAUUUUCUAACGGGUAUAUGUUUUUGCAUGCAGAAUACAAUGAUAACGCACUAUUGCAAAUCGAAAGCUUGGGGUCCAUGGAAUUCAAAAUAGAGACCGAGUAUACCCCACGCACUCAGGAACAAGAAAACCUAAGUGUUGUGGAGAGGCAAUUGAACUUAAACCCUUUGCUCUCUGCGAACGUAGAUCCUGGCGUCCCCUUUAAGAUUAUCACAAAUACCUCAGAUGGGGAGGCUAGACUGCUCACAAACGCGGUGAAACUGAAAAGCCUUAUUACCGCUCCUUUACCACCAAACCCGAAGAAAAUUUGGGCUCUGAAAACGAACAUUGGUAACGAAUACCACGAACUUCUAGUCAUUGCAUUCAAUUCGCUGACCACCUUCUUGAAAACUUCGGGCGAUUCCAUCGAAAACUUAAACUUGCCCUCCCCUCCAGCAUUCAUUAUGAAACAUGACCAGACUUUGCACAUUGCAACAUUGACACCAAACUACAUCAUACAGGUUUGUCGAAACUUGUUUGUCCAAGUGCGGACCGAUACUUUCAAAUGCGUACACACAUGGUACCCACCCGCUGGUAUUCACAUAGUGUCAGCCGCCUCCACCCAAACCCAACUCGCCUUGGCAUUAUCCAACAGCGAAAUCAUAUAUUUCGAGAUUUAUCCAGAGACGAACACGUUAAUAGAAUCAACCAAAAUACUGACGAUGGAAUCAAAGAUCAAAAGUAUCUCUUUGGACAUUACCUCCAAUAGAUCCAUUUUCAUGGUCGUGGCAACCGAAGAAGAUCAGCUGGUAAGUAUAGUGAAGGUCCAAUCACAGAGCCCACAGUUUAUGGAAGUUGUCUCACUGCAAAGACAAGGUGAUGCUAUAAAUGAAGUUCUAUUAGUAGAAUCCGUCAUACAUAUUGGUUUGAUGAACGGAGUGUAUGUGAGGUCAACCAUGUCUCUAAGGGAUAGUGAAAUAGUAGCGUCCUCCGAAAAGUACAUUGGCGGCAAGCCGAUUACCAUGAGCUUCAUCACAGAAACCCUGUUAACACUGAGAGGAACUACCGAAUACGAUGAGAGUGACGACGAAGAGGAGGACGAGAAAACAGAAGAUAAAGGGGACCUAACAUCAGCCGUGCUAAUCCAUUCGAACUCUACAUGGAUCUCCUAUGAAAAAAAUCAGUUCACCUAUAUUAGACCCUUAUCUCUUCCAACCAGUGUCAAAACAAUCACUACGUUAUCACAAUUUAAAACGGAUAAUAUAAAACGCAACGGAUGCUGCUGUUUGUCUUCUAGCGGAGAGCUGGUUAUUGGUAAUGUUCAAGAUUUCAUAUUCAAUGAUCACUGGUUCAACAUGUCUUCGGUGAACUACUCGGUGGACGGAAACCAAAAGAUAGAACCCGAUGCUGGAGGAGAAGAGGAAGAGGAAGAGGAAGAUAUUGAUGAGAAACUGCCACUACCUGCUUUUAGAGGCAAAAAAGUACUAAGACUAAGUGACAUGAGUUUACUUCUGGAAAACUCUAUUGAAAAAUCAGGAUCUGUUCGUGUGUCUGUUGUGGAUCAUCUCGGUAAUGUCGUUCCAAAUUCGAAAUCCGCCCAAAAUUAUCAGAUCUUAGCCAUAGCCUACUGCUAUACUGGAGCAAUUGUAAGUUUCACAGCAGGCACGUCGCAUUUAGUCUUAUCGACCGACACAUAUCCAAAUCUUCUUACAUAUAAGAUAAACAUUUUGAAGAGCAAAAAUAAAAAGAGGAGUUUCAAUCUAGAAUUAGUCUAUGAAACCACUAUUGGGAAAAGUAUCCGCACUUUAUCCAGCUUUGGCAGCAUGUUGUUGGUAGUGGUGUACGGACAGGUGGUUCUUUUUGGUGCUGGUAAGAAGCAACUUCUGAAAAAGUCGAUAACCAAGCUGCCGCCAUCAAUUAAAGAAAUGACUGCAUUUGACUGUUGGGAAGAUCACCGUAUUGCAAUCGGUGACAUCCAUCAAUCUGUCACCGUCAUGGAUUUUGACCAGGACUUGAACACUUUUAUACCAGUGGCAGAUGAUGUCGUAAAACGAUUUGUUACCUGCCUCAAGUUUUUGGAUAAUACCACUGUUAUUGGUGGUGACAGAUUUGGAAACAUUUGGACUUUAAGGGUGCCCACCAUUGUCGAUGGAGUUUACCAACAACAAAAAUUACCAGGUAAUCUAUUGGAAGUGGCGAAAAAAUUGGUUCUUAAAAACCAUUUUUACGUCAACGAUAUCCCAACAGAGAUAUUUGUUAACCAUGCCGUGCAAAACUCUGAUAGACCUGUUGUAAUUUACACCGGGAUACAAGGGACUAUAGGUGCUUUAAUACCGCUCCUGACGAAAAAUCAAAUCAAAACCAUAAAGAAGCUGGAAACUUCAGUAGCCAAUAUAGAGUCCUUAUUGUUUAAGGACAGCAGUGUAAAGUUACUCGAAGAUGGUGACAAAGAAAUUGUUCCAGAGGAGGAAUCUUGGAUUAACAAAGGUAAUGCUAUUAAGGAAAGUCCGGAAGGGUAUUCUAGUAUUGUCGGUAGAGAUCACACAGCUUAUAGAAGUUAUUAUGCACCAAGUCUCAAUAUUAUCGAUGGUGAUCUUUGCGAAACAUUUGUCAACUUUUCUGAAGAUGAACAAGGUAUUAUCUGCAAAAGCAUUAAUAAGAAAAUCUCGCACAAGGAAGUGUUAGGGCUGAUUAAUGAGUUUAGGACAAACCAUAUGUAG